GGGCGCGGCGCUGGCUCUUCUCCGUCUCCUCGCUGCCACGGACGUCCACGACCUCCUCCCCCUCAUACCCACCCACCCACCCCUCCCAACUCCAAUGGCAGCAUGCCCGCCACCUGCUCGACGAAACGAAACGGCCGACCAACUGACCGGCAUCCAUGCCCAAUCUACUCAAUGAUCGCCGCCAGCCCCUACCCCGGCCCCAAGGUCGCCGGCAGCGUCAAUCCCGACGCCCAGGUCACCGUCACCCCCAACCUCGAUGCCCAGGUCCUGGGCGGCAGAUAUGACUGCAGUGGAUCCAGGUGGCCAGAAAGAAGCGCACGACGAAGGUUCGGGCGGCAUCGAUGCCUGGGAAGAAGAGUAUGGCAUUGGCAAGGGCUCUUCAAAAUGCACGCGAGAGGAUUCAACAUCUUGGAGAUAUUCGAAACGGGAAGAAAGAAAUGGCUCAUGUCGACCAUGUUUAGAGCAUGUAGCCUUCUGAUGUGUGAUGUGUUCACAGAUUUCUGUCAUUUGUGGUGUUUAUUAAUGAAGUGAUGUUCACUUCUGAAGAAAAAAUGGUGUUGCAGUCUGGUUGCAUGUUAUUACUAACUUGCAACUACGAUUCAUGUAUGCAUGUUGUAUACAACCACAGCUCGUAUCUGCAUGUUGGAUACGCAACAUAGUUUGUGAAGUAGAAUCCAUUUUGUAUAUGUGCAUAUAUACGUCACAUAUCUGCAUGUGUAUACCUUUCGGAAGUGGGAACCCCACUUGAUCCCACUUAAGCCACAUAAGUUUUACUGGGUUGUUGGCUAUCACCCACCAAAGUGUGUUGGGAUUGAGUGGGAUGUGGUGGGACGCCCACUACCAGUCCCACCUGCAGCCUGAUGAGGGAGGCAGAUGCUGGACCUCUCAGCGAGGAGCAAAGUUUUCCGAGGAUGAACCUUUUGCACCAGUUGAAAUCCUCUAAUGUAGAUGGCGCUCGCAACUGAGGUCUUCAACAGUCAACACACACGCGCGGCGCAUGAAUGCAAGCAGGCACACGUUUUUGGAGAGCUAACCUGAAUAUCUGAUGGUUCUGUAGUGGGUGCUGUAAUGUUUACCUCAAGUUGCUACUCUGUGUUUGCAUGAGGAUGAGGUGUGCUUGAUGUGAGUGUGUGGCUUGUUCUAACCGUGGAUGUAAUGUAGUCCCUCCGUUCCUAAAUACUCCCUUCGUCCGGAAAUACUCGUCGGAGAAAUGCAUAAAAAUGGAUAUAUCUAGAACUAAAAUGCAUCUAGAUACAUCUAUUUCUCCAACAAGUAUUUUGGGACGGAGGGAGUACUUGUCUUUCUAGGCAUUUCAACAAGUGACUACAUACGGAAUAAAAUGAGUGAAUCUACACUCUAAAAUAUGUCUACAUACAUUCGUAUGUGAUAUUCAUUUGAAAUGCCUAGAAAGACAAGUAUUUAGAAACGGAGGGAGUACCUAGCAUCUCUGUGGUGAGAGAUAAUUCUCUAGUAACUGAAAAAGACCUGAUGGAUGGAAACUUUAGCUCUGAAUGAAGGAAUCCUUGCCUUCGGCGGUGGGUUAUAAAA